AUGGAAGUUAGCACCCAUACAACUUCGACGCUCAGUCGAAGUAACAGCCGUACCAGCUCCAAUUCCGAGCUAGAAAAGGAACUGAUCGAUCUCGACAUCAGCGGCGGACCGAACAACAAAUCGAACACACUCAAGAAGCGCAUCUCCAGCAGUCGCACGCCGGCGAAAAAAGCGAAAAGGAUACGAUUUUUUCGUAAUGGUGACAAGUUCUACGUCGGCAGCACGAUACCGGUCUCGGUAGAGCGCUAUAGGUCUUUUGAUAGCUUAACGGAGGACCUAACAAGGUUGCUGGAGGACAGCGUAACACUGACCGGGGCGAUACGCGCGAUCUACACCCUCGAGGGCAAAAAAAUCGAAAAGGUGGACGAUCUGGAGGAUGGCAAAAGUUACGUGUGUUCCUGCAACAAUGAAGGUUUCAAGCGAAUAGACUAUAACGUAUCCAACACCAACACGAAAAACCCGAACAGACUGUCUAGAAUAAUACGUCCGCUGUCGCCGGUGAAGAAUGGAGGGUCAAACGGGUCGACCCCGCUGAAAGAGAUCGAUUCCGUGGUGCAUCCCAGGAUCGUAACACUCAUAAGAAAUGGCGUGAAACCUCGAAAGAUCCUUCGGUUGUUGCUGAACAAACGAAACAGUCCCACCUACGAGCACGUGCUGACGGCGAUCACGCAGUGCGUCAAGCUGGAUACGGGUUGCGUGCGGAAAGUGUUCACCGUCUCGGGGGUGCCCGUUCAACGAUUAGCACAAUUUUUCGAUGAAGAUGACGUAUUCUUUGCGUACGGCAACGAGCGGGUCGGGGUUAACGAUUUCGAGCUGGAGGCGGAGGAAAGCAAAACGAUCGCCGCCCACCGGAAAACGCUACGCAGCAGUACGACCCGCACUGGACCAAAGCCCAAGAUGCCUGUGAAGAGCCACAAUGAUACGUUUGUCUGUGUGGAUGAGUCCGUGCUUAAUGGGGGUAUCCUUCCGGACUCGUUACCACUGGAACUGCAGGCCAAAUAUACGCUUGGAUCGAUAAUUGGUGACGGAAAUUUUGCCGUAGUACUGAAAUUGAAGGAUAAACUAAAGAAUUCGGAUUACGCUCUGAAAAUAAUCGACAAAUCAAAAUGCUCAGGAAAGGAUCAUUAUUUAGCGGCGGAAAUACGCGUCAUGAAGAAGCUAAACCACCCGUACAUCAUACAGCUAGUGCACGACAUCGAAACCAUUAAGAAUAUGUAUCUUGUGCUGGAAUUGGUUCGUGGUGGCGACCUUUUCGAUGCCAUAACACGAGUGACGCGUUUUUCGGAGAAUCAAUCAAAGACAAUGAUGAAACAUUUAGCGUCGGCCAUGGCGUACAUGCAUUCCCUUAGCAUCGUUCAUCGGGACAUUAAGCCGGAGAAUUUGUUGGUGGAAUUGGAUGGUGAUGGCAAUGUGAUUAUUUUGAAACUCGGAGACUUUGGUCUAGCCUGCGAGGUAACGGAACCAUUGCUCUCGAUCUGCGGAACACCGACGUAUGUUGCACCAGAAAUCCUUAUGGAAUCUGGCUAUGGCGUGAAGAUUGACGUUUGGGCAGCCGGUAUCAUUCUGUACAUUUUACUGUGUGGAUUUCCUCCAUUCGUUUCGCCUGACAAUCAGCAGGAGCAGCUGUUUGAUGCUAUUCUGAACGGGUACUUCGACUUUCCGGCACCAUACUGGAACAACAUUGGCGAUAGUGUUCGUGAUCUGAUCAUCAAUAUGUUGCAAUCGGAUCCAGAGCUGCGAUUUUCUAGUGAGGACAUUCUCGACCAUCCCUGGUUGACGAGUGACAUCGUGGAUGAUACGCGCGAUCCUAAUGGAAUCGUAAUUGAAGAAAACUGUGGCGAUACAUUAGAAACCGUGGUUGGAAUUCCGAUCAGUACCCAGUAG